AGGCAGCUCACCUUCACAACGUCUUCCUUAACCAAGAAACGGAGGAUUACCCGCCAGUCGACUAAGGAGCUCAAGCCGGAGAGGGCCCCCAGCAUCAGCAUCUGCCCAGACUCGGUGCUGCCCUCGACAGAGGACGACGCCGACCACGAAUACGGCAGCAACCCCAACCCGAACCUUGACCCUGACUUCAGCCUUGCCCGCCAUCGCAGCCACGAUCUCGACCACGAUCACGACCCCGAACCCGACCCCGACCCGUCGUCUUUCUCCUUUUCGGCUGCCUCCACGUCGGGCCUGACGUCGGGACUGAGCACGCCCGCCUACCUCCGUGGCGACUCCCUGCCAGCCUCCGGCGUGCCCCCUCGCCUACAGACGCAUUCGAGCUCCUUUGCCGCCUCCGACUACGCCUCGUCGGCUACGAGCUCCCCCGCUGCUGCCUCAACCGACCUGUCGCUCGACAACGACCGCGCUCCCGACUUGGUCGACUCGGCCUCAACCCUACAGCCCCCCGACUGCGGUGGCCCCAGGAGCCUGCCCCCCCUGGUCAACUCAUUCCACCGCGCCGUUAUGGGAGGUGCUGCGGACAUACCCCACCGGUCCUCGUCGCCGCUCAAGCGCCGAGCAUCCAGCAUGGAGCCCGACGGCGACCCCACCGACGCCAAGGAAGAUGUGGACAUGAUCAAUGCUCCAGUUCCCGUGCCCGACGCGUCGGAGCAACCGCCACCUAACCCACAAGAACAGCAAGCUGUCGAGGAAGCCAAGGGCGAGCCCGUGCCCCGACCUGCCCCAGAGGCUGACGAUGCUCUCCCGGCUCUGGUCGAGGCCGAAUUGCCCCUCCGGACUGACAUACCGCCGCUUAACCAGCAGGUGAAGGCCAUUGAAGCCUUGGUCAAGGCCUUCGCGGAAACGCCUGUACAGGAGGGCGACGUUGCCUACCUGGUGUCUCGGAAAUGGCUCAGUCGCGCCCAAUCCUUUGGUGCUCAAGGAAAGCUCGCAGGCAAGGCAUCGUCAGAGGUGACAUUGGGACCCGUCGACAACUCGGACAUCAUCCAAACCAUCUUCGUCGACGCCAGCAAUCAGCAAUGGGUAAAGCUAAAGCCAGCCAUGGGCAUGGACCACUUCGAGAUGUUUCCUGAAGGCGCCUGGGACCUCCUCCUCACGUGGUAUGGACUGAGUGAGGGACAGGUGCCUAUUGUGCGUACGGCGCACAAUACAGCAGUCGAUUCGGCCAGUCUUCCCAACAUUCAAUUCGAGUUCCAUCCCCCGGUAUUCACCAUCCACCGGUUAUGGGCCGCAAACAGCCCCAUCCCCAUAGACCAGGAAAUCAAGCUCAAGAAGCCCGCCCCUCCUGUCCUUGUCCAUAGCGCCACUUAUGGGUUCCACAAUUUCCUUAAGCAGGCAAAGCAGCUCACUGGUGUGGCUAAGGACUGCAAAGUGCGUCUCUGGAGAGUCCUGCAGAUCUCGGCCACCGAGCCGUCGGCUCAACCCCUGGGCAUGAAGACUCCGCCUGAUUCCCCAUCCUUGGGCGCUACCAUUCUCACUGGCCCGCCCGUACCAGCGGAGUCAUGGCCCGAGAUGCUUGUUGAUGUCGAGACCUUCCUGAAGCUCGAGAGAGAUGUGGAGCGUGGGGUUGUCGAAGCUGAGGACACGACGACCAAUGCUAACUACAAUGGCCGGAGCAACUUGGCCUUAGCAGGUCUGACGGUUGACCAUGUUCUCGUCAUCGACGAGCAGAUUGACCGGGACAGCUAUGUGUCCAAUUCUGUCUUUAAGAGCGGUAGCGCUAAGGAUAAGCACCUGGCCACUAAUGGAAGUUCGGGCACUCUGACAGUACAAACGUCACAAGGGCGUGGCAGUGGACGCAACAGCCCAGCGUCGCAAGGUCCCCUGACGCGAGGCCGCGCACAGCAAAAGUCUGGACGUUCCAUCGGCUGUGUUGGGCUUCAAAACCUUGGAAAUACCUGCUACAUGAACUCGGCGCUUCAGUGCGUGAGGAGCGUCGAGGAGCUCACAAAGUACUUCAUAACGGGCGAGGCUGCAAAGGAGAUCAACCCAGACAACCCGCUCUCGCACAACGGUGAAGUCGCGCAGGCGUACUCGAAACUACUUUUCGAAAUCUACAAGGACCCUCCACCCAACUCGAUCGCGCCGCGGACUUUUAAGGGCGUGAUCGGGAGAUAUGCCCCUUCAUUCUCAGGCUACGGUCAGCAGGACUCGCAGGAGUUCCUUGGCUUCCUUCUAGACGGCCUCCAGGAGGAUCUUAGCAGGGUCAAAAAGAAGCCCUAUAUUGAGAAGCCCGACUCAACCGAUGACAUGAUUGGUAACCAAGAAGCCAUCCGGGAGAUGGCUGCCAAGGUCUGGGAUAUCACUAAGAAGCGAGACGACUCCGUCAUUGCCGAUCUCUUCACUGGCAUGUACAAGUCGACUCUGGUGUGCCCCGAUUGCGAAAAGGUCAGUAUCACAUUUGACCCAUUCAACAAUCUCACCCUCCCGCUUCCGAUUGCCAACGUAUGGUCGAAAAACGUCCGAUACUUUCCUCUCAACGACGCUCCCGUCGACAUAGUGGUUGAGCUCGAUAAAAAUGCCAGCUCGAAGUCCUUGAAGCAAUUCAUCUCGGCCCGAGUGGGCGUGCCCGUCGAGCGUCUUUUUGGAGCAGAAGAAUUCCGAGAUAAGUUCUUCAAGUUCUAUGACGACUAUAUGUCUAUAUCGGAGGAGAUUCAGCAAAACGACAACCCAACGAUGCAUGAACUCGAGGUAGCUCCUACAAACUUCUCUGGGGUUAAACCCAAGAAACAGAAGUACAAGUCGCUUUUAUCAGACACCGAGCCUGACGACCGCUCUCUGUGGGAUGACCCAAUGGCAGAACGCAUGGUUGUCCCUGUGCUCCACCGCCUCAGCUCGGAGGAGCCCGGCUUCCGCAAGAAUCGCCAUUCGAGAUCAAAAAGUAGCGGAGAGGUGCCGCCAUCACAUUUCAUUGUGGUGACUCCUAAAGAAGCUCGUAGCGAGGACAUCAUUCGUCGCAAGAUCCUGGAGAAGGUGGCUACUUUCACGACGUGGUCAAAGUUCUCCUCUGUAGACCCUCUUGUAGAGGAGAUGGAAGUAGCAGAGGCGAUGGACCCAGAGAUGGCCAACACAGCAUCGGAUGUCGACUCUGCAGGUGAUUCCAAGAUCGUUGCCAAAUCCGUUGAGGGUGAAGAAGACAUUGUCGACGUCACCAUGAGCGAUAGUGGCGAUGCUAGGAAAGCGCCCGCUCCCGCGGAACCCGCGGAAGAGUAUCCCCUUCUCCUAAACAAGUUCAAUAAACAGCGGCCGAAGUGGAUUGACCCUGCCGAGUUUCUUAACCCACAGUUCCAGAACCUAUUCGAGUUGUGUUACUAUAAGGAAGAAACCAACCAACAUAUCAUCCCGACUGGGUGGACCGCUGUCCAGGAGGACAACACAUUGCCCAAGCUUAGCUCUAGAGCCCCUCGAAUGGUCGCUUCGGAUGUUGAGAUGCGGAGUCCAGGGACUUAUAAGAGUUCGGAGGACAGUGGCAGCGACGACAACGCCGUUACUAGAAUGAUUGACGAGUCUAGCGAGGAGGAUUCAGACUUUCCUAAAGUGCGGAACAUGACGUCGCGAGUCAAGGUGCAGAAUCAUAUAAGCGCCCGAGGAAAGAAUAAGAAGUCGAAUAAGACUUACGGUAAAAAGGGAAAGAAGAGGUUCGAGAAGGAACGAGCUAACCGCGAGCGACAACCUAUCGAAGUUGUCGAACCUGAGAAUGGUUUGGAGCCCGAUGGCGGGCCUCUGAUCCGUCUCGGAGAAGGUAUUGUGGUUGACUGGUCCGAGUCGGCCUUUGAUGCUGUCUUUGGCGGCAAUUCUCCAAACGAUAUGGCAGGCAUGAAGACCUAUUGCGAUGUCGCCACCCUGGAAGACCCCGGUCUUGACGCCAAGCGGAAGCAACGGCAAAUGCGACGCAAACACGGCAUCACCCUGGACGACUGCCUCGCCGAGUUCGAGAAAGAGGAAAUACUCUCGGAGCAGGAUACGUGGUAUUGUCCUCGCUGCAAAGAACAUCGUAGAGCUAGUAAGAAAUUCGACCUCUGGAAGACACCGGACAUUUUGGUCGUCCAUCUCAAGCGCUUCAGCUCCAGCGGAUAUCGCCGGGACAAGCUGGAUAUCCUUGUCGACUUUCCUGUGGAGGGGCUCGACCUGACGGAGCGAGUCAUUGAGCAGGAAGACGGCAAGCAAGAGAUAUACGACUUGAUCGCUGUCGAUGAUCACUGGGGCGGCUUGGGAGGAGGCCACUACACGGCGUUUGCCAAGAACUUCAUAGAUGGUGAAUGGUACGAAUUCAACGACACGUCAGCGUCGAAACAAAAAGACACGGCCCGGAUCGUGACCAAUUCCGCAUAUCUGUUGUUUUAUCGACGUCGGUCAGACAUAGCGCUGGGCGGGGCCCGAUUCCAGGGCAUUGUUGAGAAGUUCAAUACCCUGAAUGCUGCAGAUGAAGAUAUGCAGGAUUCGGGGGAAGGUCAGCGUCUCGGCCAAGGCUCCUCCCUUUGUGGUUCGCCGAGCGCUUCGACAGGAGCAGGUCUAACUCUCCCUCAAGGAAAACUUGGUUUGGUUAACAGCCAAGCUGAACCUGCGGGGGGUUCUCCUAAUGAUGCCGAUUUGGAGCUGCCAAGUUACCAACAGGCGAGCUUGGAUCGAGCCAUGGACGGUGACUAUGACGCCGAAAUGGGGCCGGACUUGCCAUGGAACCGGCAAGAGACGCUUCACAACAGCAUCGAGGGCGAUGGCGAGGAUGAAGCCAUUCAUCUGCCCGAAUUCGAAGACGGACCGUCGAGGUUGAGCGGACUACCGGGACUGGCGGGGAUUUCGUCGGCCAUCGCAACGAGCAACUGGAGCUUUAAAAACGUGAAAGCAGGUUCCGACGCAACCGGCCAAGAUGACGACCUGGCAAGCGAUGUCGCGCAAGGCGACAACUCCUCUGUUACAGACGAUGCGUUUGCUGACCCAACCGACGACGUCAUUGAGCCCUUUCGCCUGACCGAGCCCGACGUUAAGUACGUUGGGCCCGCCAAGCUGCCAGCAGACUUUGCACCUUUUGAGGCCCACAUCCCAGAACCAUCGGCUGAAGAUCAGGAAUACAUGGGCCGGCUUGCGAGCCAGGCGUGGAUGAAGCAGUUUCAUACGGUGCCCGCAGAUGCCGGCGAUGAUCAAGUUAGCGAUAAAGUUGCUGAGAUACACGUCGGCGACGAGCCCGAACCGCAAGAGAAACCUGUUUUGUAG